UCACAUCAUAGAGAUCGAACAACCUUGAAGUUCACAGUAUCCUAAACUUGCACCUAGACAGUAGUUCCCUAAAUGUCUAGAAGCAAACACACAUGUUGCUUUAGUUACUUCUAUGUGGCUUCACAGAUGCAGUUUCACAUAAUCAAACCAAGUGACCUACAUUGUACAAAGUGGAAUCGUCAAGCUACAAGACUCAGAUCUAUCAUGCACCUCGGAAAGUCUCUAACAUCAAAAGUAAGACACACACUUCUCAAUCGGAAUCCAACCCAAAAACUAAUUACGAAUCUUAGACUGGGAAAAGGGUUUAACACCCACCCCAAUUAGAUAAAAUGAAAUGAGUUUUCUAUCGCUGCACGCCCAAAUUCUCAGUUUUUCCAUCGUAUUUAAUCUAGAUUAUCCACAGAUUAGAAACAGAUGAGAUAAAACGUAACCCAAUUCGUCGGAAAGACAUUACCUGUCGCGGAUUUGGAGGCCAUUCUUCACUCAUCUUCGUCUGGAAGCAAAUCCAGUUUUAGCUUCCGAGUCUCGCAUGGGGGUUUAUCCUCUAUAAAUGCAUAGGGGAUAAAACCGGAUCUGCCCUCGUAUAUAAAUGAAAUUCACUUUCGGAGACAAAACAGACGGGAAUCGUCAAGUGAGUUAAAAAGUAAAGAGGGUUGCAGCAAGUUCAAUAUCCUAAUCCUACUGCACACGCUAAGCUCAGAAGAAUCGAUCAUCAUCACCAUCAUCGCCAUCAUGAUUGCUAGAUUAGAAAAAUGUCCAACAACACCAACAGCCACUAGCUGCCGCCCACCACAAAGUAGCUAGGUAGUUCACAGAGACGUACAUAUAUACAUUGGUGCCUCGUGAGAUUGGGGGAUAUGAUAAAAAUGAAGGCGACGUGUAUGGAACAAUGACCGACUCUUCUGCGACCGGCCAAGUCUUGUUCAUUUCUUCUUCUCUUGUUCCGAUGAAACACGACAAGAAGCCAGAAGAAGUCCCAACACAUCCAAAACUGCCACUCCUCUUCUUUUCCCCGAACUGGGCUUCCCUCGUUCUGCUUUUUCUUCUUCUUCUUCUCCCUUGUUCUGUCUCUGCUCUUUGUCACAAAGUGGAUCAAGAUGCUCUCUUGUCUUUGGGGCUGUCUUUCAAGGUCUCCUCCCCAUUGAACUGGUCUGUUUCUUCUGACUGUUGUCUAUGGGAAGGAGUACUCUGCGGAGAAGAUGAUCGAGUUGUCAAUCUUUCCCUACCCGGAAGAGGAAUACGUGGCCCGAUCAGUCCAGCUAUCAAUAACCUCAACUAUCUAACCCAUCUUGAUCUCUCUUACAAUUCUUUAUUGGGUGUUCUCCCAGAUGGGUUCUUUCAAUCCCUGUUUCGACUUCAAGCUCUGAACUUGAGCUUCAAUAGGCUCAAUGGGUACCUACCACUCUCAUCCAAUGCCAGCAAGCUUCAGAUUGUGGACUUGUCCAGCAAUUACUUCAAUGGAACGAUCCCAUCUUCGAUCCUCAUCCCAUCUGUGGCUGCAGGCCCUUUCGUCGUUUUCAAUGUCAGCAACAACAGCUUCACCGGCUCCAUUCCCAUCUCUGUUCUCUGCAAAAAUGGCAGCAGCCUCACCAUCUUGGACUUCUCGUUCAACAAGUUCAAUGGUACAGUUUCCACCGGUCUUGGCCCUUGUUCGAAGCUCCAAGUCUUCAGUGCAGGCUUCAAUGCUCUGUCUGGUCCUCUCCCUGAUGACAUUUACGACCUCGCUGAUCUCCAACAGCUUUCUCUGCCUGCCAAUCACUUGACAGGACCAAUUGAUGAUCGCAUUGUGCGGUUAACCAAUGUGAAGAUCCUGGAGCUGUAUUCGAACCAGUUCAUAGGGCCAAUACCAAGCCAAAUUGGUAAGCUCUUCAGGUUGGAAAAGCUUGUUCUCCAUAUCAACAACCUCACCGGUGCCUUGCCUCCAUCUCUCAGUAACUGCACAAAUCUUUCCACCUUGAAUUUGAGGGUGAAUUCCAUGUCUGGAGAACUUUCUGCCUUCAACUUUUCGACACUCCAACGCCUCAGCAUACUUGACCUUGGUAACAACAACUUUGCUGGUCAGUUACCACAAAGCCUCUACUCUUGCAAGUCAUUAGCAGCAGUUAGAUUUGCUAGUAACCGGCUGACAGGCCAGAUAUCACCCGACAUAGCUGGGCUAAAAUCUUUGUCUUUCCUGUCCAUCUCUAACAACAACUUGACCAAUGCCACUGGGGCUUUUAGGAUUCUAAGGAGUUGUAAGAAUCUGACCACUUUGGUCCUAUCCAGAGGGGGUUUUAUGAAUGAACCUUUGCCAGAUGAUGAAAGCCUAAAAGGCUCUGAUGGAUUUGAGAGAAUACAGAUUUUGGCCCUGGGUGGCUGCAAUUUCACAGGUCAAGUUCCUACAUGGCUUGGCAAGCUUAAGAAACUUGAAGUGUUGGACCUGUCAUUUAACCACUUAACAGGUCCAAUUCCAGCUUGGUUUGGUUCUCUGCCAAACCUUUUUUACAUGGAUUUGUCCAAUAAUCUCCUUACUGGAGGAUUUCCUAGGGAGCUUUGUGGAAUGCCAGGUUUGACAUCGAAAGAGGCCACCAGUCUAGCAAACAGCAGUUAUCUAGAGUUGCCAGUUUUCGUGAUGCCGCAAAAUGUAAGUUAUCUGCAGUAUAAUCAGCUGUCCAACCUUCCCCCAGCUAUAUAUCUCGGUAAUAACAGCCUUAGUGGCAUUAUCCCCACCCAGAUAGGGCAGUUGGAGUUCAUUCUCGUGUUGGACCUUAGUCACAACAACUUCUCUGGCAGCAUCCCUGAUCAAAUUUGUAACCUCACUAACUUAGAGAGGUUGGAUCUCUCCUAUAACCAUCUGUCUGGUGAAAUACCUGCUGGUCUCAAAGGUUUGCAUUUCUUGUCAUUCUUUAAUGUGGCAUACAAUGAUCUUCAGGGACCUGUGCCAACUGGAGGUCAGUUUAAUACUUUUACCAAUUCCAGCUUUGAAGGAAAUCCAGGAUUAUGUGGCCCUAUGACUGAACAGCACUCGUGCUCGCAAUCAACAGCACCUCAAUCAUCAACACCAGUUCAUGGUCGGAAGUCGAAUAGAGUCCUUCUGAUUGGCCUUGCAUCUUCUAUCUGUUUUGGCAUUGUUUUUAUCAUUGCAAUGCUAGCAGUAUGGAUGUUGUCUAAGAGAAGAAUCAUUCCAGGAGGGGAUUCUGACAAGAUGGAAUUGGAUACAUACUCCAGCUAUUCCACUUCUGUUGUUACUCCUGAGCUUGAGAAGGAUACAAGCCUGGUCAUUGUCUUCCCUACCAACACCAAUGAAAUCAAGGAUCUUACUAUAUAUGAGAUUCUGAAAGCAACUAACAACUUCAAUCAAGCAAACAUCAUUGGUUGUGGAGGUUUUGGUCUGGUGUACAAAGCAACAUUAGCAAAUGGAACCAAACUGGCUGUUAAGAAACUCUCAGGAGACUUGGGUUUGAUGGAAAGAGAAUUCAAGGCCGAGGUUGAGGCUCUUUCCACUGCUCAACAUGAUAACCUUGUCUCACUGCAAGGGUAUUGCGUGCAUGAUGGUGUUCGCCUGUUAAUGUAUUCUUACAUGGAGAAUGGAAGCUUGGAUUACUGGUUACAUGAGAAACCUGAUGGUGCUUCCCGAUUAGAUUGGCCAACACGGCUGAAGAUUGCACGGGGAGCAGGGGAUGGUUUGGCAUACAUGCAUCAGAUAUGUGAGCCACACAUUGUGCAUCGUGAUAUCAAGUCCAGCAACAUCCUUCUGGAUGAAAAAUUCAAAGCACAUGUUGCUGAUUUCGGGUUGUCCCGGUUGAUUCUGCCGUAUGAAACUCAUGUUACAACUGAACUUGUUGGUACCCUUGGUUACAUUCCUCCCGAGUAUGGACAAGCAUGGGUAGCCACUUUAAGAGGAGAUAUAUACAGUUUUGGUGUUGUAAUGCUUGAGUUGCUCACAGGAAAAAGGCCAUUUGAGGUAUGUAAACCUAGGGCGUCUCGGGACUUGGUUAGUUGGGUAGAGCAAAUGAGGAAGGAAGGCAAACCUGAAGAAGUUUUUGAUCCUCUUUUGAGAGGGAAAGGCUUUGAAGAAGAGAUGCUACAGGUGCUUGAUGUAGCUUGCAUGUGUGUGAACCAGAACCCUGUUAAGAGACCAACCAUCAACGAAGUUGUUCAUUGGCUGGAAAAUGUAGGGGCAUCUCACCAAGACUUAAAUAAAGACUAGCGAAAUUUUUUCUUAACAUAUCCAAGUUCUUCAGAUGUAUACUUGCACAUAGAUAUAUGGUUUGAUGAUGCAGAUUUUCCCAACCUUACCUCUGUAAAUGGUACUGUUUUGAAGCUCUA